CUGGUCUCGGCGAUGACAAGUAUAAUUUGAGAGAAACAAACCUCGACGCCGCAUAUUUGCUGAAUUUACAAAAGAAUAUAAACUACAAAUUCAUAAAAUUAACAAAAAAUGGCUCGACGUUAUGAUUCUCGCACAACAAUAUUUUCGCCCGAGGGCCGUCUCUACCAAGUGGAGUACGCCAUGGAAGCUAUAUCGCAUGCCGGCACAUGCCUCGGUAUUCUGGCAGAAGAUGGAAUUGUGCUUGCAGCCGAGUGCCGCAGCACAAACAAGUUGCUCGACAAUGCGAUUCCAUCGGAGAAAAUUUACCGUCUAAAUGAAAAUAUGGUCUGUUCCGUGGCAGGCAUAACAUCCGAUGCAAAUGUGUUGACCUCAGAGCUGCGCCUCAUCGCCCAGCGCUACCAAUUCAGCUACGGCGAGGUGAUUCCAUGCGAGCAGCUCGUCUCUCAUUUGUGUGACAUUAAGCAGGCGUACACCCAAUAUGGUGGCAAGCGUCCGUUCGGCGUUUCGUUGCUGUACAUGGGAUGGGACAGCAAGUAUGGUUAUCAGCUGUACCAGUCGGAUCCCAGUGGCAACUAUGGCGGCUGGAAGGCGACUUGCAUUGGCAACAACUUUGGUGCAGCUAUUUCUAUGCUGAAGCAAGAGUUAGCCGAUAAGGAGAGCAUAAAAUUGGAAGAAGCCAAGGAUCUGGCCAUUAAGGUGCUCAGCAAGACUUUGGAUACCACAAAGCUGACCCCAGAGAAGGUGGAAAUGGCCACCCUGCAGCGCAUCAACAAUGCGACUGUCUACAGCAUUUUGGAGAAGCCCGAUGUGGAGAAAUUGAUUGAGAAGUACAACAAACUGGAAGCUGAGGCAGAAGCCGCCAAAAAGGAGAAGCAAGCUCAGCAGCAGUCAAAAUCUUAAAUAGUUUUUUAAUUUGAUUGAAAUGGCGUUAAUUUUGUAUGUGAAAUAAAAUUUCAAAAUUA